AGUUUGGCCAACCUUUGAAGGUCAUACGGGCCUAUAAAAAGGAUGUACUACUGUCCUACAAAUCAUUCUCAAGGAUAUCUUCUAUCAAGCUAUCAGGAAAGAUUUUCUUUGCUAAAGACAACUAAAGUCUGCCACUAUGAAAAUACUCAUCGUUCUAGCCCUACCGUUGUUGGUCGUGUGGAGUAGUGCAGGAACCGACGUUACGGAUUCCUUAACCCUUCGUGUGUUCAACAAGGAUCUGUCGUUGAGCGAUGAAGAGAUGCACAAGAUAGUCAAGAAAGCCGACCUUGAAGGCCACGGUUACCUGAAAGAAGUGACGACGACAGUGAAACGCAGACCAGGCAGUAGCGCACCUGACUACGUCAAGACCUACUACUACUACAAGGUCGUUGCCUGUGACAAAGUGAUGGAGGUCGAAAAAGAGCUCGAUAAACUUUUGAACG